AUGGGCUUCAACUCUGCCAAAGAGAUCCCCUCCUGGGUUCCUGUGUGGAUUCGGCUGCCGAGGCUUCCUCUGGAGUUCUGGAGGGAAGAUAUCCUUCACUCAAUAUCUCUGCUUCUUGGCAAACCUGUGGGAUCGGCUUCACAAACCCAAGAUCGUAAGAUAAUUUCUUUUGCUUGCAUUUGUGUAGAAGUAGAUUUAAAUAAUCCAUUACCAGAUUCUAUGGAAAUUUGCAUGGGAUCUUCUUCUUGGAUCCAACAGCUGGAUUAUGAGACCCUACCCUUUAGAUGCAGAAUUUGUCAUGAAUACGGUCAUUUGCACCGCAAAUGUCCCAGAUUUAAAUCCUCUCCCCGGGCUACCCCUGAACCUCCUAGGGGGGACAAGGGAAAGGCCCCGAUGUCUAAUGAACCUAUGGAUAAGGAGGGUUUUAUUCCGGUUAAGCCCCUUGAGAUCUCUUCUGGAGAUAAGGGUCUGCAUGAAGUUCAGGAUGAGAAUGAAAAGAAAGAGGAUCAAAUUUUAUCUUCAGAGGUCCAUCAAGUGGAUCAGAUGGCUGUGGCUUUGUCUUCUCAAGCUCAGGAUUUCAGGGUUCUCCAGGGGUCUCAGACUCUGUUGGGCUCUGUUGUGGUGGUUCCUGAUCCCCCUGCUCCUAAGGGGGCUUCAGAAUCUGUAAAGGGUAACAAAGCUCCUUCUAUUUUAGGCCUACAGCAGAAAUCCUUUAAGAAGGGGCCUCUUGAUAAACCGUCAAAGAGUGGAAGGAAGACUGAUCAAGAGAAGGUUAAGAUCAUGGGUGAUACUUUGGUUGAGUCGGGACAAAAGGCUGUUCGUAGAUUAAUUGAAUCUCAAUCACCAGAUGUGGUCUUCAUUCAGGAAACCAAGCUUUCAGUUGACAAUUUGGCGAGCUGUGCUCCGCGUAUCUGGCCCCAAGGCAAUUGGCAGGGGGUGGGUGCUUUGAAUAGUGCUGGGGGGGUGGCUUGUUUCUGGAACCCGAGGAGAGUUUCCCCCUUAUGGUGGAUGUCUAGUCGCUCUUCUAUUUCUUUGGUUGCCUCUUAUUUUGCGACUGGAGAAAGGUGUCUUUUAUCCAAUAUCUAUGCUCCUACUAAUCUGGCAAGUAAGUCCAGUCUAUGGGCUCACAUUCAAUUCAUUCGGGCCUUGGAUCCGUUCCUCCCAUGGAUUAUGGCUGGUGAUUUUAAUGCUGUUACCUGCUUGGAUGAAAAACGUGGUGGAUUAGCCAGGCUGGACCCUUCUGCAAAUUUGCUCAGGAAUAUGAUUGGCUCCCUGAAUCUCAUUGAUGUGAAGCCAACCAAUGGUGUAUUUACAUGGAAUAAUAGGAGAUGUGGUGGUGAGGCUAUCUCAGAGAGGCUUGAUAGAUUUCUUGAGGGGAGGCCUACCCAUGCGACGGCCAUGUUUGUUUUCACUAAGAGGCUUCAACAUGUGAAGUGUAGGCUUAAGAGAUGGAAUAAACAGUGUUUUGGGAACCUACAAGCUCAGAAGUUGGUUGCCCAGUCCAAGUUGGAUUCCAUCACUCGUCAGAUUCGUGACCAGGGGUUGACCUCAGACCUUAGCAUUGCUGAGUCCUUGGCUCUAAAGGGAUUAGAAGAGUGGGAGCUUCGGGAGGAGAUCUUCUGGAAGCAGAAAUCUCGCAUUGAUUGGCUUCAGGAGGGAGAUAGGAACACCGCUUUCUUCCAUAAUUCAGUUAAGGCUCGGAGGCAGGGAAACUCUAUCUCCUCUCUUGUUUCUCAUGAUGGGGCUCAGCUUUCCUCCAGCGCUGAUAUUUCUAGGGAAGCUGUCAAUUAUUUUUCUAACCUUUUUUCUAGGGAGGAUAUUGCUGCUAGGGCUGAGGAGGGGGCCAUUUUGGAUUGUAUUCCCCAACUGGUCUCUGCUGAGAUGAAUGGGGUUCUCUUAUGUCCUAUCUUGUUACCUGAAUUGGAGAAAGUGGUGUUUAAUAUGAAAAAAGGCAAGGCUCCUGGUCCGGAUGGGUUUCCGAUUGAGUUCUUCCAGGAGUUUUGGGAAAUUAUAAAGUUUGACCUCCUUGAGGUGAUUCAGGAAUCACAUAGGAACAAGCAGAUGCUCAAGUCCAUGAAUUCUACCUUCCUGGCUCUUAUACCCAAGAUGGAAGGAGCUAAUCGACUGGAGCAAUUCAGGCCUAUUGCGUUAUGUAAUGUGGUCUACAAGAUCAUCACCAAGUUGAUUGCUGAGCGACUCAAACCACUCCUCGGUUCUCUGAUCUCUGCUGAGCAGGGUGGUUUUUUUUAA